AUGCCUAAACCGAAACCAACAACACAAACGAAACUAAAAGAAUUAGUUAAUAGUACAACACAAAUAAAUGAAUUUGGUAAAAGAAUAUUACAAAAUAAGCCUAAAAUGUAUAUGGAUCAGUUAUAUGAAGGUGCACAAAUAUGUUGCCAACAUGCGGGUAGAAAAAGAAUUAAAUUAUGUGACGUUACAUGUGCAUUGAACGUUCGCGGUGAAGGGUAUGGUAUUGAUAUUGAUUUACCGAAACCAGACUUCACUUUAGAACUACUACUUGAAUUUGAUUGGGAAACUGAUUUUGUUGAUAAUGAUAUUGAUGACGAUCAAACUCAUCAUGAAAGUCGUUCAAAUUAUCAGCCAGUUAGUACUGUUGAUGAUAUCGGUAGUGACCACGAAGGCGCUACAGGUUUAGGCAACGGAAAAAACAAUGUGGUCCUGCUUCCUUCACCGCUAGUUGUUCGUGUGAGUGUUAACGACUUAUUAUAA